UAGUUGGAUUCUCAGGCCAUUCGGAUUAGCGGUUAUCCCAAGAGUAAAACAAAUAGACAAAAAAACUUUUCAUUUUCAUUUCAACGAGAAAUCAACAAACACAAACAAAACUCAACAUGCAAUCAAUGAUCAUUUUCGCAGUUCUCUUCUCAGUUGCCUACGGUAGCUACAUCCACGCUCCAGCCGCCGCCAUCGUUACUGGUGUCGCUCAAGCUCCAGUUUCAAUUCCAACAGUAGUUAAAACCGGAAUCACCCAACACGCUUUCAAUGUCCCAGAAUCACGAUUCACCCGAUCAGACUGGUCAACUCCAGGUGCCACCUAUGCCAUUCCCGCUGUUGCCCAAUACACAGUUACCCGACCUGGAUACACCACCUACCAAGAAGGUCCAUCAAUAGUCCGAAAUGGAUACGUGCCAACCUCAGUUCCAGUUGCCACCAUCACCAAACACCAAGCUCUUACUGCCAUCCCCGCUGCCCCAUACGCUUACGCCCCAUUCGCAGCCCAUGGUUACGCUGCCCCUUACGCUACCGCUUGGUAAAUGUCACACACAAAUAAAACACCAACAAAAAAAAACACAAAACAACAAACUCAGAUUUCAAAAUGCAAUUUGUUUAAUUAUAACCAAUUAUCAUUAUUAGUAUCAUUAAUAAAUCAAUAAUUUCAUUUCACAACAA